GUGAGUGGCCGCCAGCUGGACUUGUGUCGCUUGAAAGGAUGUUUAUUCCAGCUAAACUAAAAUGCAGCUCCACCUAAUUAGAAAGUACGCCAGCAAGCUCGGCCGGGAACACUAUCCCAGCAGUAACCUGAAGAUCUAUCGCCGGGUGAAGCCUCUGCCAAAAGUAAACAAACCAAAGAAGCCGGAGAAUGCGGUGGGUCAAUUGGAAUAUGCGGAGAAUCUGGUCAAGGUGCAGAUGAUCUCGCGGAAUCUGCAUGCGCAGCUGUUUCCUCAAUCCCCUCGCAGCAUUUCGGAGCAGCAGGUGACCUCCGCCAAGGUCUACAAGGACGAGUUGCGCCGGCAUGGGGUGGAUAUCGAAAGCUGUGCUCCUGUCCCUGAUGUCCAGCUGAAACUGCCUCCCUUGAGGGGCGCCAACAUCGCGGAGCACUUCCUCAACAUAGCCAAGGAGCAAGUGCAGGCGUACGAGGAGCUACUCCUUCCACUGGUCCAGUGCCAGGAGCUACCAAAGCGCCCGAAACGAUGGGCAUUCUUCGCCGGUUGGACAGCCUACGAUCCCGACGAUGGAACAGCUACUCCGGUGGAUCAGCCGCUGGAAAAGGGACUCAUCUUCGAUGUGGAGGUGUGCGUCCGCGAAGGACAGACUCCUGUUUUGGCCACCGCCGUCAGCACCAAGAGAUGGUACUCCUGGGUGAGUCCCAAGCUCACAAAACACCGCAUGAGUAUUCCGAAAACGGAGCCCCUGGAUGUGGACACGGACUCAGAACGACCUCACCACUCUUCCGAUGAACUCAUACCCCUGGGAACCAGUGGACCUGGACUAAUAGUUGGUCACAAUGUGUCAUAUGAUAGAGCGCGCCUCAAAGAACAGUAUUUGAUCGAGGACACUGGCACCCGGUUCGUGGACACCAUGUCGCUACACAUGUGCGUCAGUGGAGUGACCAGCUACCAGCGAGCUAUGCUUAAGUCCAAGAAGGAGCCGGCUCCCGAGGAUCUGGGGUGGCUUGAGCAGAGCUCCCUCAAUAGUUUGGUGGAGGUACAUCGCCUGUAUUGCGGCGGAGAGCCGUUGUCCAAGGAGCCCAGAAACAUUUUUGUGGAGGGAACUCUCGAUCAAGUGCGCCAGAGCUUCCAGUCGUUGACCAACUACUGCGCCGGCGAUGUGGAGGCCACGCAUCGGGUGCUCCAAGUCCUGUAUCCCUUGUACGCCGAGCGAUUUCCGCAUCCUGCAUCGCUGGCUGGCAUGCUGGAGAUGGGCUCCGCCUAUUUGCCCGUGAAUUCCAACUGGGAACGAUACAUCCGUGAGGCGCAGCUUACGUACGAGGAUCUCAGCAUCGAGGCCAAGUACCAUUUGGGGCGCAGGGCCGAAGAAGCUUGCUCUUUGCUGCUGGACGAUCAGUAUCGCCAGAAUCUGUGGUUGUGGGACGAGGACUGGAGCGUUCAGGAGCUGAAGUUAAAGCAGCCGCCGAAGCGCAAGCCUUUGCCAAGGGAGGAGCGACAAGAUACUGGAAAUACCGCUGAACAGCGUCGCCUGCAAGCCAAGUUCCAGCACCUCUACGAUCAGCGAUCUCUGCUCCCAGCUCGAAGACCACUGCUUCCCGGAUAUCCCUUGUGGUAUCGCAAACUGUGCCGCAAGCCUCCAAGCAAAAAGGACGACGAAAUCCUGGAGGACGAGGAAGAGUCGUGGUCCCCGGGAGCCACUGAGAUCAGCACCGGCAUGCAAAUAGCCCCAAAGCUGCUUUCCCUCUGCUGGGAAGGCUAUCCACUGCAUUACGAGCGGGAACAGGGCUGGGGUUUCCUGGUCCCUUUUCGCAGCGAUGCAGAAGGGGUAGACCGAUUGCCCAUGGAUGAACUCUUGGCCCGUUGUCCAGUGCCGGAGUUUGCUCGGCAGUGCGCCUCAAAGGCCGAGAGUGAUCUGGCCUUGGAUAUGCUCCCCGGUCAGGUAGAACAGCAUCUGGGAAAGCGGGAGCACUACAAAAAGUUGUCUCAGAAACAACAACGCCUGGAAACGCAGUAUCAAGGUUCUGGAGUCUGGUGUAACAAGGUCCUGGAGGAUUGUUGCUUCUUUCUCAAGCUGCCCCACAAGAACGGACCCUCCUUCCGCGUGGGAAACCCUCUGUCCAAGGACUUCCUCAACAAGUUCUCCGAAAACGUCCUGAGCAGCGGAGAUCCUGCUUGUCAAGCUGCCGCUCGCGUCAUCGAAAUUGCUCGCAUGAUGUCGUACUGGCGAAACAAUCGGGAUAGGAUCAUGGGCCAGAUGGUGGUCUGGCUGGAUGCUCAACAACUGCCGAAAGAACUCAGUGAUGUCCAGCACUUGUCCUACGGAGCCAUUUGUCCGCAGGUUGUAGCCUGUGGCACAUUGACACGCCGUGCCAUGGAGCCCACUUGGAUGACGGCCUCUAACUCGCGGCCUGAUCGACUGGGAUCGGAGCUGCGAUCCAUGGUACAGGCACCACCGGGAUACAGACUGGUAGGUGCCGAUGUCGACUCGCAGGAACUGUGGAUCGCUUCCGUGCUGGGCGAUGCUUAUGCCUGUGGUGAGCACGGGGCCACGCCCCUUGGCUGGAUGACUCUCAGUGGCAGCAAGUCUAAUGGCAGCGACAUGCACUCUAUCACCGCGAAGGCAGUCGGCAUUUCUCGAGAUCACGCCAAAGUGAUUAAUUACGCCAGGAUCUACGGAGCUGGUCAGAUGUUUGCGGAGACACUGCUUCGUCAAUUCAAUCCCACGUUCAGUGCUUCCGAAGCUAAGGCCAAGGCCAUGAAAAUGUUCUCCAUCACCAAGGGCAAGCGGGUGUAUCGGCUGCGAGAGGAGUUCCACGACGAAAUGGAGGACAGGGCAUACAGCAGCUACGAAGCUUCCCGAAUCGCCAUCCAGCGGAAUCGCACCCUGUCCGAGGUAUUCUAUCGUCCCAACUGGCAGGGUGGCACCGAGAGCGCCAUGUUCAAUCGCUUGGAGGAGAUUGCCACGGGUCCCCAGCCCCAAACUCCAUUUCUGGGAGGACGCCUGAGUCGCGCCUUGGAAGCGGAUGGCGGCCUCGAGCAGGAACAACGUUUCCUGCCCACUCGCAUCAACUGGGUAGUGCAAAGCGGAGCCGUGGACUUCCUUCAUCUGAUGCUGGUCAGCAUGCGAUGGCUGAUGGGGCCGCACGUUCGCUUCUGCCUGAGCUUCCACGAUGAACUGCGCUACUUGGUCAAGGAGGAGCUGUCGCCCAAGGCUGCGCUGGCCAUGCACAUCACCAACCUAAUGACGCGGUCCUUUUGCGUUUCCCGCAUUGGACUCAAGGAUCUUCCCAUGUCGGUGGCCUUUUUUUCGUCCGUGGAAGUGGACACGGUGUUGCGCAAAGAGUGCAGCAUGGACUGCAAGACGCCGUCGAAUCCGCAUGGCCUGCGUAUCGGCUAUGGGAUUCAACCAGGUCAGAGUCUGAGCGUUGCGGAGUCGAUCGAGAAGGCCGGUGGCAAUGAUGUCAGCCAGUGGCCUUGGAUUAAACAGAGUUAGCUCGGAAGUACCAAAGUUAAUUGGUUCUUGGAAUGUUUAAGAGAGCCCUAAGUGUGAUUAAGUUAAGUAUUUCUAGUUCCUCUUAAGUGUUUUCUAAGGCAACCAGAAUUCAAUUUUAAAAUGGUUCUAUAAGAAAUUUUUCCGCUAUGGAGCACUUGAUUUCAUUCGUUUUAAAAGAGUUAUCUGAAUUUCUGACCUAAUCUUUUGAAGUAUCUUGUAGAUACCAUCUACCUCACUGGAUAAAUAUGAUAACUAAGUUGUUGUUGAAUUUUUAGUUGUUUUCCAGCUCCCAAUAAAAGAGGAUGAUUUAAUC